GACCAGUGUCGGUAAAGAUAAGUACUCAGCAAUCAAUAUGUCCACCACACCUCACGAAGCGUCCACAGCAGUCGAUAUCUCGCCGCUUGUGGGCAACGACGCAUCACAGGACGCGAAAAAUAAAGCUGCACAGGAAUUGCUGAAGUCUUGUGAAGCAACAGGGGUAUCACAAGGGACACUCACGCGUGGCUACCGGGAUGCGACCGAAAGAUAUGCUCAUCUGUAUGAGAUUCCCCUAUUGACAGCUCUGCAAGACUACAGCAAACUCGAAACAAAGAUCGUCACUGCACUCUCGGACGGCCAGCAACAACUCGCUCAGGCAUUGAUCAAGAAACACGGAGACGACUUCAAGGCUAUGGAGAGAGACAUCAAGCUCAACACGCACCAAAAAAGCAAGGGACAGCUCAAAAGUUUAUGCACCAAGUACCUGGCUGGAAUAGAGGAGGAGGAAGGAAGCGAAAGCGAAAGUAAAGAAGACAAGGCAGAUGAAUAG